GUCACGCGUAUAAUCCAGGAAGUAAGAACGCGUCGGUACAACCAAGACAAGCUGCGUUAUUGUGCCUAACGGACUUAAAAAUGGGAGUAAAAGGUCUUCAGUAUUUUAUGGAGCACUGCUGUCCAGAAUCUUGUGUGACUGUCAACCUGAGAGACAUGGCCAGACGACAUCUUUCUUCUGACAACACGACCAGCCCCACACUCGUUGUGGAUGGAAUGGCCUGCCUACGCCACUGGUACACUUGUAAAGACUGGGUGUGUGGGGGUCAGUGGAAGGAGUACAUGAGCAUCCUGAGUCGCUGGAUAGAGAGGUUUACUUCUGCAGGAAUCAAACUUGUUUUCUUCUUUGAUGGUGUGGUUGAAGAGAAGAAGAGAGCUGAAUGGGUGAAGCGGAGACGGCGAGUGAACGGGGAGGUGUCUGAGGUAUUUCGUUACAUUAAGUUACACGGAGAACAACCGGGAAAACAUCUCUUCUGUCUGCCUUCUGGCUUGGCAACGUUCACGCGCUUUGCCCUCAGGUCAUUAGAUCAGAAAGUGUUUUGCUCAGUGCAGGAGGCUGACUAUGAAAUUGCCUGUUAUGCUCGUCGGCAUGGCUGCAUGGGCAUUUUGGGACAAGACUCAGACUUCAUCAUCUAUGACAGUUCUCCUUACUUGUCGGUGGCGAAACUGCACUUAGACCACCUCACCACAGUCCUAUACGACCAACAGAGACUUUGCCGAGCCAUUGGAUUGUAUGUUAGCCAGUUACCACUGCUGGCCUGUCUCCUGGGUAACGAUGUGGUACCAAAGGAACGGAUGCACACUAUCAGGAACAAUGCUAUGUCUGUAUACAGAAAAAAAAAUGUUGGAGCACCCCAGGAGCUGAUGGUGUUUGCUCUAUCUGAGUUCAUCAGCUCUUUGUGGGGCAGAGAGGAGAAAGACACUGGGCUUAUCCCUCAGUCCCUGAACCUGCCUGCUGCAGACAGAUUCCUCCUGGAAAAAGGGAUUCGCUCCUAUUUGCUUCCUGGGCAGGACACUCUUCAGCAGGAUGACACACCUCCUCCCACCUCUGGCCUUGGCUUUGAGAAAUACGUCAGUCCAGAAAUAUUAAAGGCUUGUAGGGAACAACAUGUGUCUGCCGAGGGUUUCAUGGUUUACAAUGUUGUGUGUGAGGGACUGCUUGAAUGUAGUAACAGUCUGGAGGAUGAGGAAGAGGAUGAACUGCCACCUCAGGCUGUCAUCUAUAAGCCCUGCAGACAACACACUUAUGGUCUGCUGCUGCUUAACGGAGAUGAUGACAAUGGAGCUGAGGAACCUCCAGCUAUCAGAGAAUGGUUUGUCUAUCCAGGCAACCCACUGAAGGAACCCCACAUGGUCCAGCCUGUCCCCGUGAACUUCCCAUGUGAACCCCCGAGUCUACAUGUUUUGUGGUUUGGUUCUGGACCUGACGUUUCCACUCUUCGCCUGACAAGCUUCUUUUCGAUAUUCGACUGUCAGGAGUUUACCGAGUGGUAUGGAGUUGUUGAAGACUCUCUCCUUGCUGCUCUUUGUCUGGUUACCCACAUUGCCCUCCAGGUACCGUCUUUAUGUUCAGAGGAUGUGAAUGCGUACCUGAGUCAGGCUGUGUGUCUGAGCCUCAAAUCUCCACAGGAGCUUCAGCAGAUCAAGCUGCCCUUCCUCUGUACUCGAGCGGUCCAACUGGGCUCUCUCUACGUCCGAGGACUGAGCCACCUGCUGGGGGCUAACUGUGCCAGUGGUUGCCCGCUGCCCAGCGCUGCUUUCAUGCCUUGGCACAGCUUUGAUGGACGGCUCUUUCACUCCAAAUACCUGCUGGCACAUAGCGCCACGGAGGAAAAUGUGCUGCUGGACAAUCAUCAGCCCAGUUUGUCCUUGUUUAUCCAACUGAGGAAGAAGCUCCUAGAAGUUUGCAAGACGAGAAACAGAGUCUUGCAGUCCCGACCCAGACCCAACCGGCUUGAUCAAAGUCAUAGAACACAAUACAGAGAUGGACACAGAGCUCGUAUUUCAGGUGUUGAUGACAACUGGCGAGCGCGAGCAGCGGCGACAGCAGGAGGAUGGCGUGAGAGGGGACAAUCAAGUGGUGGAAACGGCAGAGAAGCAGCGCAGCAGAGGCAAGGACACAGAAGAGGAGAAAGAGGUCUAUAUUUCCACUCUCACUCUCGUCCACCCGCCAUCGAUGUUAAGAUGACCUCUCAGCCAGAUCAGACUCACAGCCGACGGCAUCCCAGCAGAGGGAGAUACCAGCUGGCUCCCAGAUGGGGUCAGCCUCCCGGUCAUGGAGCACAAGCCCACCCCAACAGAGAGAGCAGAGGAGCAGAGGAUUAGAGUGCAGGACUUGAGGAGUUAAGAGGGUAGGAAAGAAUUGAUAAAAGGACUGAUGGAAUCAAGUUUCUCUGAACAAACUGAUUAGCGAAUUAGCAGUCGAGAAUGUUUGUCGAAAGGAUGUGGUAAGUGAAAAUAAGGGGAUUGAGAAGAGAUUAAGAAUGUGGAAACCAACCAACAUUGGUUAAUUUGAAGUUUUUUUUUCUUUAGAAAAAGUCUUGUGUGGUAUCUCAAGUUAGUCAGCAGACUGCUGACAGAAAAUAGACCAAUAAGUACCAACAAACAUAAACAAGGCACUUCAAACGCACACUUAGAAGAUGAUAAACAAUCUCCUAGCCUGUUUCUUAAUUCCUUAGUUCAGAGUAAAAAGAAAACAUCAUAGAAGAUGUGCUUUUAUUACCACAAUUCCUCCAAUAUUCUGUUUCUCCUGUACACACAUCUCACUACUAUGCUGUUGAUGUAUACACUUAUCUCAACCAA